AUGGCUCAAACGAACGGCAGCAACGGAGUGAGUACCAGCUUUAAAGGCAGCCCAGACUGGACAAUUCCCCUGUGGCGUAAUGGCGAACAAGUCAAGACUGCUGCGUCCUUCGACAUUGUCUCUCCGUUAACCGAAAAGGUGCUGUACAAGUCCUUUGGCGCGUCCACAGAAGAUGCCACGGCAGCCAUAGCAGCCGCCGAGCAAGCACUGCCAGCCUGGAGCAAAACAAAACCUGGAUUCCGUCGAGACCUCUUUCUUAGAGCCGCAGACGAGUUGGCUCGUAGGAAAGGUGACCUCUGGCACUUUUGCAGCACAGAAACAGGGUCUACGGAACCGUACUUUGACUUUGAUUUCAACGAUGCUCUGGAGUCACUGAAAAGCUGCGCUGGGCUCAUCGCCUCUGCCAGCAUCCAAGGACAAGUGCCCUCGAUGUUGGAUGAAGACAGGAGUGCUAUGGUGAUCAAGGAGCCAUACGGCGUGGUCGUCAGUAUUGCGCCUUGGAAUGCGCCCUGUAUUCUGGGUUUGAGGUCCUUCCUCGGCCCUCUCGCGAUGGGCAACACCGUUGUAUUGAAAGGACCCGAGAAGGCCCCAGGUUGCUAUUGGACCUUGGCAGAUAUCUUCCACAUGGCAGGUCUGCCAGCGGGUUGUCUCAACACAAUCAUCCAUCGCCCCGAAGAUGGGCCACGAAUCACGGAGACGCUCAUCUCUUCGCCUAUUGUUCGCAAGAUCAAUUUCACCGGGAGCACGGCUGUUGGGUCUAUCAUCGCUGGUCUCGCCGGCAAGCACUUGAAGCCCGUUCUUAUGGAACUGGGUGGCAAAGCUCCAGCCAUUGUCUGCGAGGAUGCGGAUCUUCAGAACGCCGCCCUCCAGUGCACGUUAGGUGCCUUCCUCUACUCUGGACAGAUCUGCAUGGCAACAGAGAGGAUUCUGGUCAACGCCAAGGUCGCAGACAAGUUCCGCGAAGUUCUCUCCGGCACGAUCGAUGCAGUGUUCCCUGAUAAGAAUGGCCUCGUGCUCGUCGACAAAGCGCCCGUCUCGAAGAAUGCCAAACUCCUGCAGGACGCUGUCAGUAAAGGAGCCAAGGCCAUCUACGGAGACCCGUCUGACAAACGCGAGCUGGCAACGGCCAUGCGUCCUGUCAUCAUCGAGGGCGUCAAGGAAGGCAUGGAUCUGUACUACACGGAAUCGUUCGGCCCAACUGUCUCCCUCAUGGUCGUGGAAAGCGACGAUGAAGCUAUCAAGAUUGCAAACGACACAGACUACGGCCUAGCAUCUGCAGUCUUCACCGAGAACCUGCAGCGCGGGUUCCGAAUUGCUAGGCAGAUCGAGACAGGUGCCGUUCACAUCAACUCGAUGAGCGUGCAUGACGAGACAAAUUUGCCGCAUGGUGGAGCUAAGAAGAGUGGAUGGGGUAGGUUCAACGGAGAAGAAGGCCUGAAGGAGUGGGUGAGGCUCAAGACGAUUACUUGGAAGAACUGA